CGGAUGGCAACUCUUCUCGUCUUCCUAUUAUUCUGCUCUUAAACUGAUUGCCUCAGGAGCAGAACAAAGCCAAAGCCCUGCAGGUAGUUCAGUCAUUUCAUUGCUGGUAUUGCUGUUAUUGCUGCCUGGGUUCAUAUGUGGUUGAGUUGUAGAGAUGAAGACUAGAUAAGGCCCCAAAUUUAAGCUUCAUCUAUAAGCUAACCCCGCCGAACUAAGGCAGAUCCACUCCAUGGCCUGAUAAUGGAGCCAUGUCUCCGAUCUGACUAAAGCCUUCGGGAUGACCGGGGCGUCUCCUUGCUUCUGAGCGGAGACUCAUCUCUUUCUACUUAUCCCGUGACAUACCGGGUCAUAUCACGUACAAUGGAACAACAUUUCCAGGCCCCUUAAGCAACGAUGGACGAGAACGCACAUCCACACCGCAAAAUCCUCCUGGUCGCAACGACAGGUGGUUUUACCCAUGCCGCUCCGGUCCUCGAACUGGGCAAGGUCCUCUCCGAACGAGGCCACACAGUCGACUUCGCAACCAUGGAGCGCCAGGAGCACUGGACGAAAGACUACCCCUUCAUCUCCCAACUGCAUAUACUAGGAGCCGGUCCGACCGAGCGGCAACUGAGCGAGCAUUACUUGCGCAUGCGGAACUGGGACAUGUCUGUCGGCCUAGCGGGCGCCAUGCCCUCGAAGUACAUGUUCGACUCCUUCUGGCCGGUGACCUACGACCACCUCAAGUCUAUCGUGGACGAUCCCGCCCGCCGUCCCGACUUCAUCAUUGCGGACUUCUUCGUCGAUGCCGUCAAAGACAUGCACUCCCAAUACCAAGUGCCCGUGGCCAUCGUGCACCCGCAAAUGCCAGCCUUGAUGCUUCCGUGCAGCUACAUCCCCGGACAACCGGGCUUCCAGCUGGACGGAACCCUCACCUCCGAGCACGCCUCCAUCUGGCUCCGUCUGAAGAACGAACUCGUGGUCGUCAAGGGCGUGAGGGAGAUCAUCCGCUUCUUCCGCUGGACGAAGCAGAUGCGCCGCGCUCACGGCGUACACUACUCCAUUCCCCACCCCCGCAAACCCGACUACCUUGUCUUCAUCAACUCGUUCUUUGGACUCGAGGUCCCACGCGACCUGCCGCCGCUCGCGGCCGUCGUAGGCCCGAUACUCAGCGACACAUACCCGCCGUGCGACGAGCAUUACACUACCUUCCUCGCCGACCGCAAGAACGUUGUCUACAUCGCUCUCGGCACGCAUGUCAUCCUUUCUAUGGCGGACGCGUCCAAGAUUCUCACCGCACUGUUUCGGCUCUUGGAGGCCGCCGUCAUUGACGGCGUGAUCUGGGCGGUCGGCCAAAGCGGCCGACAAGAUCUCGACCCAUCCGCCAUAUUCACAUUCGCGACUCCCGUGCUACCAAAUACCGUCGACAGCAACAAGGCAUCCAGAGAGGGAACGAUCACUCUAGCCGACCUCCUAGCCGGCCACCACCCGGCCUUCCUCUUCCCCUAUUUCGCGCCGCAGCGCGCCCUUCUCGACCACCCAGCCGUGCGCCUUUACUUCACCCACGGCGGCGGCUCAAGCGCUAAUGAGGGCCUGUACCACGGCAAACCCAUGCUGGCGAUGGGGAUAUUUUCGGAUCAGAUCGCCAACACGACGCGGCUGGUGCACGGCGGCGUCGCGGAGCCGCUGAACAAGUUCUCCUUCACCGCGGAGGAGGUCUUCGAGAAGGCGCGCCGCAUACUCGAAGAUGUCGACGGCGGGUACGCGCGCGAGUCGCUACGGUUGCAGCGGAUUGCUAGGGUGGCGUCGCGCCGGAAGCACCACGCGGCGGAUCUGGUGGAGGAGGUGCUGUAUGAUACCGAGCUGCGGGUCGUGGACGGAAAGGAGGUCCGCCCGAUGCAUCUGCAGACGGCGGAUAUGAGGAUGCCGGUGUAUAAGGUGCGGAACUGGGAUCUGAUGGCGUUGGCAGGAGUGGGGUUGGCGGGAUGGCUAGGGUCGGUUGCUGUACUGGGGCAUUUGGUGUGGCGGCAUCGGGCGGUUGCGAAAGGGUUCGUGCUUGGCUCGAUGGAGCGGGUUGGGGUCUAUCUGGGGUCUGCUUUAGAUGGAUCUUGAGGUACAUUUGUGGUCGUAGGGUGGAAGUAGAAUCUGGUUAUCCCGUGACAAGUUGUGGUUUCUACCAGCUUGUGCAGUACAUCCUUAUCAUAUUCUGCCUUGCGAUACUGAGUGGAAACCCGGCCACGGACAAUUCUGCAAGAACCUUGCUGCGAGAAUGAGGAUCG